UGGUCGAGCGAAUCGUUUYGCUAAAUAUGAAUAGUACUUGAAUCAGGCGAAACGCGAACGUCAACAAACCAGCGCCACAUCGUCAUACAAUGAUAUAAAUCGCUGAAAUAAAUUUGAUUAAAUAAAUUGAUUUGAAGUUUGGUUCAGAAGGUUUAGAAAAAAUUAAUUUUUUUUUGGAAACCCGUUGCUUACAUUAGCCACCUUUAACUGACGUGGACCUGCAGCUGUUGUUGUUUUUUCUUUGCUGCUGAUUAGAGACGCAGCUAAGACAACAACAUGUCCGCUCGCCGUCGGGGUCAAGCCCAUGACGAGCAAACGCUCGUCGAAACCAUGGCACAGGGAGACACAGAAGAGAAGCCUGAUUUGCGGGGCGAUAGGCGUAACAUAGCCAUAUUGCUGUUCCUGUACGUGCUGCAAGGCAUUCCCAUUGGCUUGAUUGCUGCUGUGCCCAUGCUACUCCAGAAUCGAGGCGCCAGCUACAAACAGCAGGCGGAGUUCUCGUUCGCCUAUUGGCCAUUCAGCAUCAAGCUGCUGUGGGCACCCAUUGUGGACUCACUGUACGUGCGACGUUUCGGUCGUCGCAAAUCGUGGCUGGUUCCUGUGCAGUAUUUGUUGGGCUUCUUUAUGCUGCUGUUGUCGGCGCACGUGGAUCGUUGGCUGGGUGGCAAAGACCUGGAGCCGAAUGUGCCAUUACUAACGCUCUUGUUUUUUGUGCUGAACUUUUUGGCCGCCACGCAGGACAUCGCGGUCGACGGCUGGGCUCUGACUAUGCUGAAACGUUGUAAUGUGGGCUACGCUUCCACCUGCAAUAGUGUGGGCCAAACGGCUGGCUACUUCUUGGGCUAUGUGGUGUUCAUUGCUCUGGAAUCGAAGGACUUUUGCAACACAUAUUUGCGAUCUGAGCCAGGCGAUGCGGGCAUGGUUACCCUGCCACGUUUCCUCUGGUUCUGGGGCAUCACAUUCAUCGUGGCAACCACUCUGGUGGCAAUAUUCAAACGAGAGAACGAUGUCGAAGACGCUCACACCGAUGCACGCUACAAGGAGGAGCACGAACUUAGCAUACACGAAAGCUACAGGGUCCUCUGGGAUAUGGUUCGCAAGCGACCCGUACAGAUUUUAGCUGGCAUUCUGCUCACCGUAAAAGUAACAUUCGCUGCCUCCGAUGCGGUUACCUCGCUGAAACUCAUCGAUGCCGGCGUGCCCAAGGAGAAGUUAGCCCUGCUGGCUAUUCCCGUGAUUCCACUUCAACUUAUCUUGCCCCUCAUAGUGGGCAAAUAUACCAACGGUCCCCGUCCACUGGAUGUGUACCUAAAGGCAAUACCCUAUCGUAUCGUGUUUGCGACUGUGGCUUCGCUUAUUGCUUAUGCCACUCCCUAUUUGAUUUCCGGCGGCGAGGUGCCCGUCUACUACUAUGUGCUUCUUGUUUUCAGUUAUGGCUGUUAUCAGGUAUUCCUGUACUCAAUGUUUGUGGCCGCCAUGGCGUUCUUUGCCAAGAUAUCGGAUCCUGCCGUUGGUGGCACCUACAUGACAUUCCUAAAUACAUUGUGCAAUCUUGGCGGCAAUUGGCCGAAUACGGUGGUGCUUUGGCUAGUGGACGUACUAACUAUAAAGCAGUGCACCACACAACCCGAAAACCUAUGCGAGGAUAAGGAAGAACAGCUGGCCUGUUCCUCAGCUUCUGGCACUUGCGAGAUCAUAUUUGAUGGCUACUACUUGGAAGCGGCUGUGUGUGUGAUAUAUGGAAUCAUUUGGCUGGCGGUGGUGCGCAAAUGGAUAGUCCGCCUGCAGAAUUUGCCGACCAAGGCCUGGAUGGUAGUCAAACCAUCCGCAUACAGGAAUAAAAUGAGGUAGCAAUUAAUCGUCUGAUCUUCAUUCUGCGCUACGCGCACAGUCAUUGGUACAAGAAGYUAUACAUAGAAAUCUAGGACUAGGACUAGGACCUAUCUGCAUUGUAAGCUAGGCGAGAU